AUGCCUUCGGCAUUCAUUCUGCCCCAUCGUUCAUUCCUCACGUUCAACCUCUUCGGCGGAUCCGGUGUGGAGACUAAGGUGUCUGUCCGCGUUGGCAACGUUAGACUGGCUGCUACGGUGACUAUCUCUUCUUGCGAUACGGAGAAUCGCGCUGAGUACCCUGCUGGAGGUUUCCUCCACCCCCGAAGACUUUGGCCGUCAGUCGCUCACUGCACUAUGAGCGGAUCGCCGCAGCAUCACCACGUGCAUCGUGCGCAAUCACUGCAGCUUGGUUCGCGUCAUCCUAUCGCCGAUACAAAAUACACACAGUUCGCCUUCCUUAAGUCGCCAGAGCGUACGUCGUCGCAAGCGCCGAUCAACGUGACCACAACAGCAACGCCUGGGUUGAAACACACUGCAGAUAUAACAUCAGAAAUUAGCGCUACAGCCUUGAAUACAGUCCCUUCAAUAGACGGCGAAACUCGCUCAUUACAUCCCUCCGACGCGUUACGUGAUUACUCUUUCACUCAAGUGCCUGAAUCCCAGCGGAUAUAUACACGACUGGAUACACGGGGAGAAACGGAUAGGCAGGAAGUCAGGUCUAAUACAUUGGCUCCAAGCGUGCAUCGGAAUUGGCCCCGUUCGGUUGCAGAGUCCUUGCAUUCUUCCCGCAGAAUAUUGAGUCGGAAAAGAACUGCAGCCGGCGUCAUCAAGCCGUCUACAGACAUGCGGGGAGACUCUCCCAGCUCAGGCGUAGACGCCGCUGAAAGACGCCGUGCCCGAAGCAUUAGUGCUCUCCCACAUGGAAACCGGAUCGCAGCGUUGUCGAUGCACCUUCGCACGCGUCUGUCUUAUGCCGCAGCCAAAGUAGAAAAGAACCGCCAGUCUCAUGAGACGCGGACACAACUGCCAUUGGAGUUUCUGACGCACGAUUUGCCGACUCUUUCUGCAAACACGGUCUCCUCGGUCAAAGUGGAAUGUUCUCCCAGUUCCUUCGGAGCUGCCGGGCAACGACUGAUGGAGCUGGACUCGCCUGAUGGCUCGACUGUGUCCGCUCCCGAUCCGGCAGGAUCUUUCUCACUUCACCCCCCUACACGAGCGUCACCAGUCGCCAGAUCUGAUGGUCAUUCACCCUUUUCAUUAAGCGGCGAACCGCCCAGCCCUGAGAAGUCUCACCGAUUGCUACCUGUUCCUAAACUCGCCCCACCAGCAAACAUCAUCCCGAGUAGUAGCAACACUCGGCGCAGACGACCAAACCCGAACGAGGCAGGCAAUAUCCAUUCAUAUGCGCCGUUAUCCCGUCAUCGACGGCAUCAUUCGCAACAAGACUUCCGGACUUCACAGUCUAAUGCCAGCUCUGAAACGGUAUUAGUUCCGGGAACUCCUCCCUUUGGGCCAUCAGCCUACACUUCUACUCCAUACAACGGCACGUCUAGUCAGCAAAGUCAGUCUCAAAACACAUCAAUGGAACAAGACGCCAUCGAAACGCUACUCUUCAUGUCGAGCCCGGGGAACUCUGGUUACCGGUCGAAUUCGCAAAACUCGCAAAACCGUCUCAACCCGAUCCGCAACAAUAUUGCUGCGUCGUUAGACAUAGCAUCUAAUGCACCUUGGAGUCAAAAUUCACAACGCGAUGCCAAUUCGAGCCAAUCAACCCAAUCAUCAGCGAUCCGUGGGCCAUCUGACGGACUGGAAGCUCAUGCUGGUGACGAAAUUGACCGCAUGUUGGACCAAAUGGACAGCGACAGCGAGGAUGAGAGCAACUUCCCUACGCGGUACUCCAACGUCAAGACCAGCUCAGUUCCGGAUGAGAGCUCUCACAGACGCAAUGUUCACCCGGGUUGA